GCGCGCGCGGACCGCGGUCACGUGACUCCCCCCGCCGUUGCUAUGGCGCCGUUGCCAGGGGGCGUGGCCUCCACUCAGCGCGAAUCAACCAGUCAGAGGCCGGGAAGAGCUCGGGCGCGCAGCCAAUCACAAACAGGGCGCGGUCGCCGCGCCAACAGCCAAUCAGAAGCUGUUAUUUACCCCUAAACCACGCCUUUCUCCUUCUCGACCAAUCAGAGCGCAGCGCGCCGCCGGGAGGGGAGAGGGGGGAACCCAAAAAACCUCCCAGCCAAUCAGAGGCUGCCAAAGUUUUCCGCCAAUCAGACGCCCCCCCAAAAAGCAGCAACCAAUCAGAAGGCGGGAUUCGGCGGUGGGCGUGGCCAGGGAAGGGUGUGGCCGUCUGUGGGUGUGGCCAUGGUGGGUGUGGUCACUUGGGGGCGUGGUCAGGGGUGGGGAGGCCACGCCCACUCCGGCACGGCCCGAGCGGAGCUGCGGGAGAGGCGCGACCCCCAAAAACCCCCCAUGGAGCUGCUCCCGGCCGCCGUCAGCGCCCUUCACCUGCUGGUGCUGCUGCUCCUCUUCCUCGCCACCCUCGGCAAGGGCUGGUGGGUGCUGCCGGACUCGCAGGCGCUGAACCUUUGGUUGGACUGCGCCCCCCAAAACCUCACCCGGGGCUGGGAGUGCCGCAGCCUCGGGCUGAGCCCGCUGCUCAGGGGGGUUCAGGGGCUGAUGGUGACGGCGCUGCUGCUCUCGGCCUUCGGCCUCCUCCUCUUCCUCGGGCAGCUGCUGGGGGGGCCCCGCGGCCGCCUCUUCCUCCCCGCGGCCGCCGCGCAGCUGCUGGCAGGGAUUUCGGCGCUGAUGGGGGCGGGGCUGUUCCUGGCCAGCGGUGACCACCCUGGGGACCUGAGUGACCACCCAGGGGUGCUCGGUGGCCACCCGGGGGUGCUCGGUGACCACCCAGGGGUGCUCGGUGGCCACCCAGGGGUGCUCGGUGGCCGUCCCGGUCAUUGCCCGGUGCUGGCCGGGCUGGGCGGGGCCCUGGCGUUGGUCAGCGGGGGCGGUUACCUGCGGCUGAGGGGGCGGGGCUGAGCCCGGGACACGCCCACCUGGACACGCCCAUCUGGGACACGCCCACCUGGGACACGCCCACCUGGGACACACCCAAUGGACACACCCAUGGACACACCCAUGGACACACCCAAUGGACAUUCCCAAUGGACACACCCAAUGGACACGCCCAAUGGAUAAACCCAAUGGACACGCCCAAUGGACACACCCAAUGGACACACCCAAUGGACACACCCAAUGGACACGCCCAAUGGACACACCCAAUGGACACACCCAAUGGACACGCCCAAUGGACAUGACCAAUGGACACACCCAAUGGACACACCCAAUGGACACACCCAAUGGAGACACCCAAUGAGACACCCAAUGGACACACCCAAUGAUGCACCCAAUGGACACACCCAAUGGACACGCCCAAUGGACACACCCAAUGGAGACACCCAAUG